CAUGAUCGCUCAUGCAUAUUCAUGACCACCCCACGUGUGCCGGAGCCGGGGGCGCUGCCGCCCGCAUCGCUCGCGUGUGCCGGGAGCCGGGAUCUGGGAUCGGGAUGGGCAGCGCGGCCAGGCCGCUGCGGGUGCUCGUGGACAUGGACGGAGUCCUGGCCGACUUCGAGGGCGCGGUGCUGCGGGAAUUCCGCGCCCGCUUCCCGGCGGAGCCGCGCGUGGAGCUGGCGGAGCGCAGGGGCUUCUCGGUGCGGGAGCAGUACCGCCAACUGCGGGAGGACCUGGAGGCCAAGGUAGCCAGUGUCUACGAGUCGCCUGGCUUCUUCCUGAAGUUGGAUCCAGUUCCAGGAGCCCUUGAAGCUAUGAAGGAGAUGAUCCACAUGCAGGACACCCAGGUCUUCAUUUGCACGAGUCCUCUCCGGAAAUACGAGCACUGCAUCGUGGAAAAGUAUAAGUGGGUAGAGAAACAUCUGGGGCCUGAGUUUGUGGAGAGGAUUAUUCUGACCCGAGAUAAGACCGUCGUAGCUGCUGACCUGCUGUUUGACGACAAGGACACCAUCCAAGGCGCAGAACCGAACCCGAGCUGGGAGCACAUCCUGUUCACCUGCUGCCACAACAGGCACGUCCAGCUGCCGGCCCCGCGCCGGCGCCUGCUCUCCUGGGCGGACGACUGGAAGGCCAUCCUGGAAAGCAAGCGCAGGCAGUAGGGCAGGAAGGGGAUGCUGCGCCCUUCCCAGUGCCAGGGAAACCCAUUCCCAGGAGCCAGGGAGCACCGACACCUCAGGGUCAGCUAUAACAAGUGAGCUGUCCCUGUCAGACUUGGUACAGAGCUGGCUCUCCCCGGGUUUCUGGAAGAUUCCUCUGCACUCAGUUCACCUCUGUAGCAUUUGGGUGUUUGCUGUUGGAGAAGAGAAACUGUAAAACACAAGCAGCUGUGGGUUGGUUGGA